GAAUAAAAAUGGUGGUCCGUAAGUUUGUAAAUUGAAAAGGGUAUUAUUUUAAUAAUAAAGAAAUAAUUAUUUGUUGUGAUGGUUAUUUGAAGAAGAAAAUGUCUACUCCAGUGUCGAAUCGUAAAUAUGGAGCACAAAAGAUUCGACUCACUAUUCUGUGCGCAAGGAAUUUAGUUCGCAGAGAUUUAUUUCGAUUACCAGAUCCAUUUGCAAAAAUUACAGUCGAUGGUAGUGGUCAAGUUUACUCAACAAAUGCAGUGAAAGCUACAUUAGAUCCAAAAUGGAAUACACAUUAUGACCUUUAUCUUACUAAAGGUGACGGAAUCACAAUCAGUGUGUGGAAUCAACGUAAAGUUCACAAACGACAGGGUUCUGGUUUUCUAGGUUGUGUUCGAAUUUUGCCAAGUACAGUGCACAAGUUAAAGGACACAGGAUAUCAAUGUCUGGAAUUAUGCGAAGACAAUUCAGGAGAAACAUGUGGUGUCCGAGGUCAAGUGAUUGUGUCUCUGCUAUCUCGUGAUGGAACGAGAGGAGAGCCUGCUUCUGCCGCUGGUGAAGGAUCACCACUAGCUGUGGUCGGUCCAGCUGGAGAAGUACGAGCACCGAGAGAUCCACCCGUUAAUAAUUCUAGCAGUUCAAAUUUACCUUUACCUCCACAUUGGGAAGAGAGAUUUACGGCCAAUGGCAGGCCAUAUUAUGUUAACCAUGCACUGCGACGUACUCAAUGGGAUCGUCCAUCUGAACAGAUCCCCGCUUCUCCCCCACCAACAACGCCUCCAUCCUCUCCAUCACCAGGACCCACCAGUCCUGUCACUCCCACCACACCAAUGUCACCUGCGUCUCCGUCUUCACCUGUAUCAGAAAGUGAUGUUAGUCAUUCGGCUUCCAUAUCUUUAAGACCAGAACCACAACCUCAAACGGCAGUUCGAUGUCGCCAGCCUUCAACACCAGCAACACAAGCCCCUGUUACACCGAUAGCAGCAACUGACCUACCCCCUGGAUAUGAGAUGAGAACGACGGCGCAGGGGCAGGUGUACUUCUACAACAGCGUGACGGGCGCGUCCACGUGGCACGACCCGCGCGUGCCCGCGCACCUGCGCCACGCCGCGCCCGCCGCCGGCCCGCUGCCGCCCGGCUGGGAGCUGCGCCACGCGCCCUCCGGCCGCGUCUACUUCGUCGACCACAACAACCGCACCACGCAGUUCACCGACCCGCGCCUCGCGCUCUCCGCGCGCCUCGUGAGUACCCACACGUCGACGUGGCUCGACCCACCUCCGUACCUCUCUAUUAGCCCGCCGCCGGAGCCCGCGGCCGCCGCGCCCGCCGCGCCCGCGCCCGCCGAGCCCGCGCCCGCCGAGCCCGCGGACGCGGACGCGCUGCCGCGCUACAAGCGCGACCUGGCGGCCAAGGCGCGGGUGCUGCGCGCCGAGCUGCAGGCGCUGCAACCGCAAACCGGCCACUGUCGAAUCGAGGUAUCACGUAACGAAGUACUCGAAGAAUCGUACCGACUCGUGAUGAAGUUACGAGGCAAGGAGUUGCGCAAACGAUUGCUCGUCAAGUUCCGCGGCGAGGAGGGCCUGGACUACGGCGGCGUGGCGCGCGAGUGGCUACACCUGCUGGGUGGCGAGCUGUUCAACCCGCACUACGGCCUGUUCCAGUACGCGAACGCCGGCGACGAUAGAUAUGCGCUACAAAUUAAUGCGGAUUCAGGUGUAAACCCCGAACAUUUGUCGUACUUCCACUUUGCUGGUCGUAUACUGGGUGUCGCGCUGUUCCACGGCCAUCAAUUAGACGCAGCGUUCACUGCGCCUUUCUACAAACAGUUGCUUGGUAGACCUAUCACUCUGAGAGAUAUACGAGAUGUUGAUCCUGAACUGCAUCGAUCUUUAUCGUGGAUGCUAGAAAACAGCAUAGCGGGUGUCAUCGAUACGACAUUUUCGGUUGAAUGUUCGUCGUUUGGAGCGGUGCGGAGUGUGGAGUUGAGGCCAGGCGGCGCGAACGAGCCCGUCACGGACACGAACAAACGCGACUACGUGCGACUGUACGUCGCGCACAGGUUCACUCGAGGCGCCGAGCGACAGUGGCUCGCCCUACAACGAGGCCUCGCUGACAUCAUUCCGCCGCAGCUCCUUCGGCCCCUGUCGCCGCGAGACCUGCAACCCUUGCUGGCGGGGAGGGCCGACCUCGACCCGGCCGACUGGCGCCGGCACACGCGCCUAAAACACGUUAACCCAGACGCUCCUAUAGUCGGCUGGUUCUGGGAGAUAGUCGAGGAGUUCGACGCCGAAAUGCGAGCUAGACUGUUGCAAUUCGUAACGGGCUCUAGGCGCGUCCCUCUUGCUGGUUUUCGUGCUUUGCAAGGUUCGACGGGGGCAGCUGCUCCUAGACUGUUUACUCUACACUUGGUAGCGGAUGCCUCACCGGACUCACUGCCCAAAGCACAUACCUGUUUUAACCGUCUCGAUCUUCCACCGUAUCCAAAUAAAGAAAAGUUACACGACAAGCUUACACAAGCGGUCUUAGAAACGGCUGGAUUUGCCGUUGAAUGAUAUUAUAUGAUAUUAUACAAUUAUAUGGCUCUGAUCUUGUGUUCUAUAUUCGUAAAUAUAUCAUGAUUUAUUAUUACAGUUGUGAUGAUGGAAAAGGAUGAGACACAGAAACGAAAAAGCUUAAGUAAUUUAUGAGACUGAAGUAACAGGAUUGAUUGUUCUGACAUGACAAAAUUUUUUGAAAUGAUUUUUUUUUUAAUGGGGACAAAAAGUCUGACGAAAAUAAGUAUAUUGUAUACAAGAGUUUACACUAAAGAAAUCAAUUAUAGCUUUGUUAAAAAAAAAUAUAUUACCCAUAGUAUAAUAUACACCUUACAGUUAAGAAUUACUUCCAUUAUUUUUAACUUAUAAAUAUUUUCAACCUUAUUUAUUUACUGGUUGAGUUUAAUAAAAAAAAAUGUACUCUUUAUGUGACAAAAAUAUCACAAUUGUUUUGCACUUGCAGAAUGUUUAAAGCAUUUAUGAUAUUUGCUAACAAAAAUAAUAUUUAAUGCUCAAAUAAAAGUAUACUUUAAAAAUCUUACAAUUAGUUAUAAGAUGCAAUUGAGAGUGAAACAGAUCGAACGUAAUUCUAAAUUCAUUUAUUAUAUAACACAACUGGAGGAGAAAGUCUUAAUAAAUUGAUUUACGUCAUUUUUAGUUAAACAAUUGUUAUUAUGGCCUACUUAUCUCAAACAAAAAAAAAAUACUAAUGUAGUCUAUAACAUUUUCUUUAAACUAUGGUCUUUGAAAAUAGUAUUAGAACUAUGUUGUCGUUUAUCAAUGGUUGUUGGAGUACAAAGCACAAAUGAUGUGUUCUGUUAUAACGUAUUAAAUUAAUUUUAAUACUAAAUUAUUUGGAUUUGAGGCAAUUGAUAGUGAGGUGCCUUAUGAUUUGAAAACAGGAAUUAUAAAUAUUAUAUGUAUAUACUUUUACAAUUAACAAAUGAAUUAUUCAGUUAAUUAUUUAAUUUACUUAACAUUUAUUCAACAAUUUUACAUAAGUGUAGUCAUAAAUGUAUCAUUGUAAAAUAAUUAUAUUAGACGAGGUGAUGCGAGUUGAUAUUCAAUAUUUAAAACAAGAAUGAGUGCCUUUAUCUAUUAUAACUACAUAGACGUAGCUUUAGAAAUGUAUAACUGUUAGAUAUGUAAAAUGAUUUAAUGGUAACAAACUUUCAUCAAAAUAAACUAUGAUAUUUUUGCACAUAUUAA